AACGAAUCGGCCAUUGUCGGUGGGUCUCGCGAGAAUUCACGAGAAUUAAUGAGCGGCGUGCAUCGAGGGCCCGCCAUUUUGAGAAGGAAGUUCUGAGCCCUGACAACUUAAACCACCAACCAAGCAGACGAAAUCAACAUGUCCUUCUACGGGAACAACGACUGCCGGAUCUACGUGGGAAACCUCCCCCCAGAGGUGCGGGAAGACGACAUCAAGGACGUCUUCUGGAAGUAUGGCAAGAUCAUCCAUGUGGACCUCAAGAUCGGCAGGGGCCCGCCGUUCGCAUUCGUGGAGUUUGACGACAAGAGGGAUGCUGAUGAUGCUGUGUAUGGGAGGGAUGGCUACACCUUGGAUGGGUACAGACUGAGGGUGGAGUUCCCCAGGGGGUCUGCGAGGGGUGGCUUCGGUCGGAGUGGUGGUGGCGGCGGCGGUGCCCGCCGGGGUGGUGCACCCUCACGGAGGUCCGAGUACAGAGUCUUGGUUACAGGUCUGCCUCCAACGGGCAGCUGGCAGGACCUGAAGGAUCACAUGCGGGAGGCGGGGGACGUCUGUUUCGCAGACGUCUUCCGGGACGGCACCGGAGUCGUGGAGUUCUUGCGUUACGAGGACAUGAAGUAUGCCGUCAAACAUCUGGAUGACUCAAAGUUUAGGUCCCACGAAGGGGAGGUAACCUACAUUCGUGUGAAGGAAGACUCUCCGAGUGGUGGUGGUGGAAGCGGCGGUGGCGGCGGUAGCUGCAGCCCGCGCAACAGGUCCAGAAGCAGGAGCCGCUCGCCCUACAACAGGGACAACAGGCGACGUCGCUCACGAUCCUCCCCGCGAUACUCCCCAGUCCGCCGCUCGCGCUCUCGUUCCCGCUCGUAAGCGUCGGGGCAGAGCACAUUCCGAGGAAUCGUCACAAGUAAUGCAUGAAGGGAGUAUGCCUCUGGCAGCGGUCGUAGUAUUUUAGAGCUGAUAAAUGGGACUGGGCAUCAUAAUCACAGGGGACCCAGGGUAGUACUAGAGACAGCACCAUUCCACAGUCUUAAGCAAGAGGUAGAAAAUCCCUGGGUGCAACAUUGUAAAUGUUAGGAUAGUUGUGGUACAACAAUAUCCGAUGUGAUCACAAACAUAGUUGGAAAAUGUAUAGUCCUUGAUAUCUUGGAUAUUUGUAGGAACUUUUUGUACUACUGUACUGCUGUUUCUGUCUUUUUUAUACGGUGUGGUUAGGAGUAGCUAAGUUUGAUAGGGCAGGAGAUGUUGCCAUAGGUGUUGAAAGUAUAAUGUGUGUGUGUAUGAGCCUUAUAACAUGUUGUGUUACACAAAUGAGGGUGGGGGUCACACAUAUAUGUACAUAAACCUGAGUGAAUAGAACUAAGGGGCUAGAGAUGCUGAUCACUUUCUACACUCAGGGUGGGGGAGCUGUUCUGAUCAUUCACUUGUUUAUCAUUUCCAGUUGUAACAUCUGCAUCUAUUGACCAACAUCUAUAUUUUAUACAAGCCUCAUUUUUCACUAGUCUGUAGUGUAAAACAAAAAUACCAGUAAUUUUACCAAGGUAGUAUCUAAUCUAAAAUAACUUUUCUAGUCUACAAAUAUGCUAACUUCUGAUUGAUUUGGGAUAAGGGCCAGUUUUUACUUUGCAUCUACACAGUGACUAAUGAAUCCUAUGGAUUUCUAUAUCUAUUUUAUGUUUGAUAAAUUGUUACUAAUCAUUUGUCACAUCAAUCAUUUGUCAAUCAACAGUAAGAUGAUACAGCGGUUGGGGAUCUUCCAUUUCAUCUCUGUAACCCUUUUGGUUUCUGAUGUUUGCCAUUACUAAAUGCAUGUAAAUAGCCAGGGGUGAAUAGAAGACAUGUUUAUUAACAGUAUCCAACACAGUUCAGUAUUUUUGGUGAAUGGUUGUUUUGGGUAUGGGCGUUUUCAUUUCAGGUUACAGUAUCAGCUUCAACUUCAAGGAUGUGACCAAAGUAACGUUUUCAGGAGUCACCAAUAUUUUAAUGCUUCAAUAAAAUUCAUCUUAUACCAGAA